AUGGCUGAUCAAAUCACGCCAAGUCGACAUGAAAAGAGUUUGGGGUUGUUGACAACUAAAUUUGUUAGCUUGUUACAAGAAGCUAAAGAUGGAGUUCUUGAUUUGAAAGUGGCUGCUGAUCAGCUGGCUGUGAGACAGAAAAGAAGAAUAUAUGAUAUAACUAAUGUUCUAGAAGGAAUUGGUCUGAUUGAGAAGAAAUCAAAGAACAGUAUACAAUGGAAGGGAGCUGGACCAGGUUGCAAUACAAGAGAAAUAUCAGAUAAAUUGAUGACAUUGAAGACAGACCUAGCAGAAUUAACAAAAAGAGAAGAGGAGAUAGAUCAACAUAAGAUGUGGGUUCAGCAGAGUAUCAAAAAUGUCACAGAUGAAGUAACCAAUACUCGAUUAGCUUAUGUGACACAUGAGGAUACAUGUAAAUGUUUUAGUGGUGAUACAUUAAUUGCUGUACAGGCUCCUUCGGGUACACAACUAGAAGUACCUAUACCAGAAAUAGGUGCUGAUUUUAAAAAGAAUUAUCAGAUACAUUUAAAGUCUCAUUCUGGUGCCAUCAAUGUAUUAUUAGUUAAUAAAGAUACAGAAGCGUCAUCACCAGUAGUUGUUCAGGUUCCACCUCCAGUUGAUGAUCUGAUCAACAAGUCUGAAAAUGAAAAUCCUAAUCCUACUUCAAAAUCUACCCGUGGUGCUGCUAAGAAAACUGGUCCAAAAUCGCCUUUGAAAACAACUCAACAACCCGCCUCACUUGAUAUUUUUCCUGUUACCAGAAUGGCUACAAGAUCUUCACCUCGUAAAAAUAAUGACAGUUUUCAAGGUAAAAAUAGUAAGCUUAAUUUCAGUCCAGUGUUCUACAUUGAGGAUAUCAAAAAUUGUCCUCUUUGCACAAUGCAUGGCGUUAUCAUGUCAUCAUUGUAUUUUUCAGCCACAAGUUCACUAUCAUCCAGACAUUCACCAUCACUGCCUGGUUUAGAUCCAUUUUCUUCUGAUUUACCGUUAUUAGAUCCAACACGUGCAGAUAUGUUAGGUAAGUAUCUUAUUGGUUUCUUCACUGAAUGCUCGAAUUCUUCUUUUUUUUCAGCUUUUGCACCUUUAUUACGAUUAAGUCCAGUACCAAAUGAUCGUGACUACUAUUUUAAUUUAGAUGAUAGUGAAGGUGUAUGUGAUCUAUUUGAUGUACCAUUGAUUAGUAUGUAA